CUACUUAUGCUCUCAAAAUACAUCUUUCAGAAUAUAGUUUAGAACAAAUGUUGCAAAUUACAAGCCUAGUCUCUUGCUUCAUUUUGUUUGAGCAACACCGCUACACAAAUAGGUGGUGGUAAAGCUCGUGUUCCAAUACGCAUGCACAAAAUGACGUGUUAACAUGUAUUUUGCAGGUUAACACAUCUUCAUGGCGUUUGCUUUCCUGUAGCUAAGUAGUUAGAGCAUGUCAGUUGCAACGCCAGAGUCACGAGUUCAAUCCCAGGGAUUGCACAUCAUCUACAUUAAAAUGUAUAGUAUAAUGCACUGUAAAUCGCUUUGGAUAAAAGCGUUUUCCCAAUGCAUAAAUUAAAUGAAAUGUAAAUAUUUAAAACUACGCUUUACCACGCAAUUAAGGUGUUACCGCGUUAGUUUCAUGCGUUUUGUUCCUGUUGGCCUUCCAUAAGGCCUGUCAUACUGUACUGAUGCACCCUUUCAACAUCCUUAAAGUUCGGACCGCCUCCUUUACAGUGACGUCAGAAACCAAAACAAAAAAUUGGACCAAUAGUAAGCUACAUGCGUACACAAGAGCUCUGUGUGCAACUGAGCUGAUACACGGGGGACGUCUCAUUAAAACUGUUGCAGUUCGAUUUGUGCGUUGGAUUCUUUAAGCUUUGUUUAAACAAUAUUUAACACAACGUUAACAAACUACUGUUUUUAUGUGAUUUCAAAUCAGCGGAUUCAUCUGUAAGGUAGGAAAAACCAAGAACUGUGGAUUAAAUAGUCUUAAGAUGCUGCUGCACGUUUUGCCCUCGAGGCAGGAAUCAAAUUGAAUUCGUUUGUUCAACUCGCAAUGAGAUUUUUCGAAGCAAACUUUUGUGUUAAUCAAAUGAGUAGUUUUGUCGCUCUAUGGAUAUUCGAGGAAUAAAUAUGUCCACACACCUAAAGUGGUCAACAAAACGGUGGGAAGAGAGCAAAAGCUGAAGAAACGUCGUGUGCCUCAAAGGAACAGCAAUACAUCAUGCGUGUUAUUGGACAGACCAACAAAUGGAAAACGUUGACCUAAAAAGUUAACUCUUAAUUUGUUCCAUGUGGGCGCAUCAAGGAAUGGCAAACUCCACGGUCACUCAAUGGCUGCAUAUGUUGAUUUUGUACAUAGGCUUUGCAUCUGUGUGGUUUAUUCGUUCAUCCACUGCAUCCCCAGCACACAACCAACGUUUGAUAUGUUGGCAGGCCAUCAUGAAGUGCCACGGAGAGGUGGAGUGCCACUUCGCGUACAGUCAAUAUCUACAAUCGUGCGGUCCCGUGUUAAACGGCAACAAGAAGAAGUGUCCUAGUCACUGCAUUCAGUCCAUUAUCCAACUUAACCUCACUGCGAACGGCCCAGCGCUGGAAGACUGCGACUGCGCCUCGGACAGUUUUUGCGAGAUGACCAAGCGAGCCAUCGAGCCGUGCAUGCCCAGAACCAGCCACAUGGGUUGCACCGAAGCCCGUAUGCAGUGCGAGAAGGACACGGAGUGCAGCACCGCCAUGCGCGACUAUUUGUAUCACUGCAGGAAACUGUUUGGAGAAGAGCGAUGUUCCGACGAUUGCCGGCGGGUCAUCACCAACAUGCGCUCUAUUCCUAAAGCCCAGCUGCUGGAUACUUGCGUUUGCGACGGCACGGAGAGAACUAUAUGCGAGUAUAUCAAAGUCAGUAUGAAAAACCUUUGCUUUAGCGACGGCUAUGCCACCGGGAGUGGAUUUUCAGACACGGAGGAAUAUUUAGAGGAGGACUAUGUGACUGAUUAUGACGAAGAGGAGAAUGUUGCCGGAGAUUUAAGAGCACGAUACAUUUUUACAUUGUCGUUCACUAUUUUUGCAUUUCUUCUAGGAUUGCAUUAAAACGAAAGUGGUUUUAUGUUGAUCAUUAUAUUUAAGGCCUAUUACUUGAGAGAGUAAAAUUUCCCAUUGGAAAAUGAAGAAAAUUACAAGAAUCACUUCGACAUUAAAGAUUGUGUCAAAAACUGUAGUAAGUUUCCAAAAUCUGCACACCAUGAAAGGACUAUAUGUUUGAUAUUGAGGUGAAAUUGUGUCUUACACUAUAGUUUAAGUUAUUCAUUAACUGUCGUAGAAAGUGCUAUACUAGGAGAAAUAAAAACUGGACGUUUAUUUUUGUAUAAGAUUCGGUUUAUGUGAAUAAUUACAUGAUUGGCAAUCAUUGUUAAAGGGAUAGUUCACCCAAAAAUAUAUAUUCUGUUAUCAUUUACUGACCAAAAUUUCCUCGGGCCAUACAACAACAACAUUCUAAUACGGAACCAUAAGUUAUACCACAUCAUAUCUAAACCAAACGUGUACAUUAAUCCACGAAACUGUAUACGCUAACAUGCACAAAUACUUACAGAUAACAAACGUUACCCUCAUAUCGUUUAAAAUGUGCUUUUUAAAAGUCUGAUUUUUGCAGUAAAAGGUAAACUACAAAAAUAUACUAGAUAAGUAUGCCAUUAUUACUCUGUGACGCUUCAAACCCACUGCCAGAUGUUGUCAUAACAACUACCAACUACAACGUUAAUCGGGUGCGAGGCUAAAAUAUUGGCCAAAUAAAAACAUAAAAUGAACAGUAAAUAGGAUUCAAUAUAAAUUUUUUUAUCUUGUAGCAGUGCAGUUCAUUGCAUAGUUGGCGGGGAGUUUGAAGAAGUGCAAAAUCUGUGACAGCUUCAUACAAAGGACGCACAGAUAUUUAGUGCAUACUUGUGCAUGUUUGUGUGUGAAUGUCAUUUUUACACUUACAUUCUUCCGAUGCCCAUGCUAAAAAUGUACAGCAUUUAAAAAUAUUUUGAUUAUCCCAGUGAGCAUCAAUAAGCACACUUUGUUUCAACUUUUUUUGUCUGAACUAUUUGGCAACGGCCACACUCUGCCAUACGCAAACGCUGCCCCCAAAUGUAGGACAGCAAACAGUUCUGAGGCACUUUUGAGCACCAUUAUCAUUUUUUUCCUACUAUGGUUGUCAAUUGAAUCCAACAAAUGUUUUGUUACAAGCAUUUCUCCAAAUACCUUUCUCUGUGUUCAACCCAAAUACAUUUAUACAGGUUUUGAACAACUACGAGUAAGUUAUUCAUGACAGAACUUUCAUUUUGGGGUAAACUAUCCCUGUGAACAACACUUUUAUUGCCAAAGUGUUUAUGUAAUAUAAUGUGAACGUGUGAAUAAUAUAAAGAAAUACAGUGUAAAAUGGUUGCUAAAGAUUGUUGACUGGUUCCUUUCUUUUUGAUUUGGCUUAUUA